CCGAAUUGGACCAAGGCAUCAUUGGGUUCCAUACUAGUGACACAGCAACAUCUUCAGUCAGUUCGAAUAGUUCGCCAAUCUCCCAGAGAACUAUAUCUUCAGAAUGAAACUCUUCGUCGCCGCCCUUACCAUUUGCCUGGUGGCCUUUGCUGCAGCCCAGUCGGCAGAUCCCGCUGCUGCGUUGGAGCCGUCCGCCGAGUACCUGCCGCCCGUCGGCGAAGUGGAAGCGGCCCAGCUAUCCGACGCCGGCUACAAGUACAAGACGGUGCGCCGGCUGAAGCUUCGCCAUCGCCGCGAGGUGCCCAGCCAGGAAUACCUACCGCCAGUGGAUAACGCGCCCAGCCAGGAGUACCUGCCGCCCGUGGACGCCGCGGCAAUCGGAGACACCAAGGUGGCGAGCGACGGCUACAAGUACAAAACUGUGCGCAAGCUCAAGUUCCGUGCCCGACACCGCCGCGACGUCUCCGAGAUCGCGGAGCCCAGCAACGAGUACCUGCCGCCCGUGGAGGUGCAACUGGCCCCUGAGCUGAAGACUAUUCUUGGGGACGAUGGCUACAAAUACAAAACUGUGCGCCGGCUCAAACUGCGCCGCCACCGUCGCGAGGCUGCCGCCGAGGAGGCUGCUGCCGAUGCGGUUCCCGCCGGGGAGUACCUGCCUCCCGCCGAGGCUGCCGUCCCCGCAGAAGCCGAGCCCAAGGCCGCCGAUGAGGGCACCGAGCUCGCCAAGGACGGAUACCGCUACAAGACAGUGCGCCGCCUGCGUUACCGCCACCGCCAUUAAGACCCUGACCCGAACCUAGGCACAUUGAACCAAAUUGAUCCUGAUAGUACACUCGGGAAGUAGAGUCGCCUCACUCGACUGACUUCCCGCUCUUGCUCCUUCCUUAUACUUAGGCCUUCAGUCGUCUCCGCAUGGAAUAAUAAAAUUUAUUCACGAAAAACCA